GCUUCCGGCCUUUGUGCAUCGCUUUUGAUGGGUUCCGGUUCCGGAAAGGGUGUGAGGACUCCGCCCUUCGCUCGCUAGGAGGGAGUGCCCUGCUGGCGCCGGCGGCCGCAGGACUGUCCAGAAAGGAAUUUUCCAGGGAGAUCUUACUUGAAACACCGAUAGUUCUUGCACAGCUAAAAUGACAUCCACUUGGGCUAUCCAGGCCCACAUGGACCAGGAUGAACCUUUGGAAGUAAAGACAGAGGAGGAGGAGGAGUAUACCACCAGACAGGACUGGAACCUGCGUAAAAACAACACCCAUAGCAGAGAGGUCUUCCGUCAGUACUUCAGACAGUUCUGCUACCAGGAGACAUCUGGUCCCCGUGAGGCUUUGAGCCGACUCCGAGAGCUUUGCCAUCAGUGGCUGAGGCCAGAGACCCACACCAAAGAACAGAUCUUGGAGCUACUGGUGCUGGAGCAGUUCCUGACCAUCCUACCUGAGGAGCUCCAGGCCUGGGUGCAGGAGCAGCAUCCAGAGAGUGGGGAGGAGGUGGUGACUGUGCUGGAGGAUUUAGAGAGAGAGCUGGAUGAGCCAGGAGAGAGGGUCUUACCUCACACUGAGGAACAGGAUAUGUUCUUGCAGGAGAUGGUAUCUCUAGGAAAAGAAGGAGAACCCAGUAUGUCCCUCCAGUCCAUGAAAGCCCAGCUAAAGUACAAAUCUGCAGAACUUGAAUUCCAACAGAAGCAAGUUUUAGAUAUUGAGACUGGAAAUGAGUGUGGGAAUUUAAAGCAAGAAGUUUCUGAAGAAAUGGAACCGCAUGAGAAUACAUCCAGUAAAUUUGAAAAUGCUAUGUCCCAGUCUGUUAGGUGUGGAGAAACUUAUGAACCUGAAGAAAUAACAGAAGAGCCCUCUGCACACUCCAGAGAAGAUAAACAACCUACCUAUGAUGAAAGUGGAGUAAGCCUGACUGAUGAACAUCAGAGAAUCUUUCCAGGAGAAAAAUCUUAUGGAUGUGAUGACUGUGGAAAAGCUUUCAGUCAGCACUCACACCUCAUAGAACAUCAGAGGAUCCAUACUGGAGACAGACCCUACAAAUGCGAAGAAUGUGGAAAAGCUUUCCGUGGGAGAACGGUGCUUCUUCGACACAAAAUAAUACACACUGGAGAGAAACCAUAUAAGUGUAAUGAGUGUGGCAAAGUCUUUGGCCGAUGGUCAGCUCUUAACCAACAUCAGAGACUUCACACAGGAGAAAAACACUAUCACUGUAAUGAAUGUGGCAAAGCCUUUAGUCAGAAAGCAGGCCUCUUUCACCAUAUCAAGAUCCAUACAAGAGACAAACCUUAUCAGUGUUCUCAGUGUAAUAAAAGUUUUAGUCGGCGUUCCAUACUUACUCAGCAUCAAGGAGUUCAUACCGGCGCGAAGCCCUAUGAGUGCACAGAGUGUGGAAAAGCCUUUGUUUAUAACUCAUCCCUUGUUUCCCAUCAGGAAAUCCACCACAAAGAAAAAUGCUAUCAGUGUAAGAAAUGUGGGAAAUCCUUCAGUCAGAGUGGCCUUAUUCAGCACCAGAGAAUUCACACUGGGGAAAAAGCCUACAAAUGUGAGGUAUGUGAAAAAGCCUUUAUUCAAAGGACAAGUCUUACAGAACAUCAGCGAAUUCACACUGGAGAAAGACCCUAUAAAUGUGAUAAGUGUGGGAAAGCGUUUACUCAAAGAUCGGUCCUCACAGAACAUCAGAGAAUCCACACUGGAGAAAGACCCUACAAGUGUGAUGAGUGUGGGAACGCCUUCCGAGGAAUCACCAGCCUCAUUCAGCAUCAGAGAAUCCACACUGGAGAGAAGCCCUACCAAUGUGAUGAGUGUGGAAAAGCCUUCAGACAGAGGAAGAAGACCACCUACAAGGAAAUACUUAUGAAAAAUCACUGUGAACCCCAAGCUGGAGUGAAUCUUCUCCUGAGCUCUCUCAUUCCAGAAUGGCAAUCGUGUUGUAGGAAAGAUCUCUAAUAGUGACUGCUGGUAAAGGAAGAAGGCUGUGCCUGGGACAAAGAAUCAGGCUGGCAAAGAAAUCACAGAUCUUUUCUCAAACUUUACAUUGUUAUUAUGUGGAUAUAUAGCUACCUGGACUUCACAGAGCUGUCAGAAAACUUGGGAAGCUUUGCCAGUAGUUCCUGAGGCCAGAAAUACAUGUCAAGAAGUAGGUGCUGGAACAGGUCCUGGCCCCUACUUGUGAAGCUGCAGUUAUAGGUAGGAUAAUAUCAUCCAGAAUGUGGAGCGCAGGCAAUCCGUGAUGCUGGAAAAGUAGAAGAGACAGCUUGAAUGAAGGACAAACCACAGAUGGUGUUACUGAGAAGGCAACUAAGGACUUGGCUCCAAAAUAAACACAUUCUGGAGAUGCUGUGUUUUGUCGGGUGGGGAAUGUCUGAUGAACUGCAACGUCAAUGCAGUAAGUGUGGUAAAAGCGGCAGUUUCUGGUGAGUCAUUACUCAGCAUCAUGGAGCCCACAAUGAAGAGAAUCUCUGCAAUCUCUGCAAUCAACAAGUUUUGAAAGGCUUUUGUUUAUAGUGGAUCCCUCUUUUUCCCCCAGAAGAUCCACUACAAGGAAAAAUGCUAUCAUUAUAAGGAAUAUGGGAAAGUUUUCAGCCACAUGGCCUUAUUUGACAUGAAAGAAUCCACGUAAGAGACUGCAUAAAUGUGAUAACUGAGGAGGCCUUUGUUCAGCAAGGAAACCUUAUACAACCUUGAUUGACAAAUGUAGGAAGACCUUCACCCAGAAGCAAGGACUGACUAUGCACCAGACAAUCUGCACCAUAAACGUGAUGAAUGUGGAAAUGAUUUCCAUUGUGUACCAGCUUUCUUCAGCAUUGGAGCAUUCACACUAAAAGGAAACCCUGCCAGGGUUAGAGUAUGGAAAAGUCUUCAGAGGUUGAAACUUGGGAAAAAUCAGUGAAUUAAUAUUAGAGAGGCUCUUAUAAAUGAGAAGAUUGUGGGAAGUUAUAUGGACAAAGAUCAUACCUCAACAAGGGAGUUUCCACAGUUUUGAAAAGUUAAUAUAAUUAAUAUAAGUGGGCAAGUUGUAUGGGAAAUGAGUAUUCUAAAAUGCUCAUUUUAGCCAGUAAAAACAUUGAGUGUCUUCGGUCAAGUAAAGGAAAUGUUAGAAAUAUUUUUCUUUUCCAGAGGGGUCUAUAUAAGUAUAAGCAACCAGGACUUUUGAAAUAAGUUGCAUCUCUGGAUUUGUGAUCUGUCUCCUGGAUGAUUAUCUCAGCUUUGGGGGAGAGGUCUUUUUUUUCAUGCCUGCUCUAGUCUCAUAUCUUUAAUUCAUUCAGCAAAUGUACCCAGUAGUAUUAUUGUCUAUUGUUUACUGUAAAUACAUGUAUUUUCUUUA